UAAGCGUUACAGAUGGUAAUGAUGAAAAAACAUCAGGUCUUUCGAUAAAACAACUUUAUUGGAACAAACUAGACCGAAAUUCAGUCAUGAGAAAUUAUGGCGAAAUGUGAACAGACCUAACGAAGAUCAUUAAACAUUUUCAGCUACAGUCUACAGCUUAAGUUCAUUUGGCAUCUGGUCAACUCAGCGCAAGUUCGCCUUGUAGACAUCCGAAGAACCUCGCCUGGGAAAAAAGGAGACGGAAAUAAUGUCUGGGUUAGGAGCACGUAGCCAGAAAAAAGAUACCAAAAUGCGUAUCAGAGCUUUCCCCAUGACCAUGGAUGAGAAGUAUGUGAACAACAUAUGGAACCUGCUGAAGAAUGCCAUUCAGGAGAUUCAGAAGAAGAACAACAGUGGACUAAGUUUUGAGGAAUUGUAUCGCAAUGCAUACACCAUGGUGCUGCAUAAACAUGGAGAAAAGCUGUACACAGGUCUCAGGGAUGUUGUCACAGAUCACCUUGUUCACAAGGUUCGUGAAGAUGUUCUUGCUGCCUUGAACAACAAUUUCUUACAAACCCUCAACAUGGCCUGGAAUGAUCAUCAAACUUCAAUGGUCAUGAUUCGGGACAUUCUCAUGUACAUGGAUCGGGUGUAUGUGCAACAAAACAAUGUUGACAAUGUCUAUAACCUGGGGUUGAUUAUAUUCCGUGAUCAAGUUGUGCGUCAUCCAACUAUCCGUGAUCAUCUGCGGCUUACACUUCUUGACAUGGUUGCCAAAGAACGCAGGGGGGAGGUGGUGGACAGAGGGGCAGUCAAAAAUGCCUGUCAGAUGCUUAUGAUUCUGGGUAUCGAUUCACGUUCAGUAUACGAAGAGGAUUUUGAAAAACCUUUCCUUGAACAGUCAGCAGAGUUUUACAGACGGGAAAGUCAAAGGUUCCUCGCUGAGAAUAGUGCUUCUGUCUACAUUAAGAAAGUGGAAGCUCGUAUUAAUGAAGAAGCGGAAAGAGCAACACAUUAUUUGGAUAAAUCCACAGAGGAACCUAUAGUCAAAGUUUUAGAAGAGGAGUUGAUUAGCAAACACAUGAAGACAAUUGUAGAGAUGGAGAAUUCAGGUGUGGUCCAUAUGCUUGAAAACAACAAAACUGAAGACUUAGCCUGCAUGUAUAAGCUGUUCUUUCGUGUGUACAAUGGAUUACGCACCAUGUGCAACUGCAUUAGCAAAUACCUCAGAGAGCAAGGACGUGCUCUUGUUAUCGAAGAGGGGGAGGAAGGCAAGAAUGCUAUCACUUACGUCCAGAACCUUCUUGACCUUAACGACCGUUUUAACCACUUCCUUCAUGAAUCUUUCAACGAAGACAAGCAAUUCAAGCAGAUGAUCUCAGGGGGCUUUGAAUACUUCAUCAACCUCAACCCUAAGUCUCCAGAGUACCUGUCACUUUUCAUUGAUGACAAGCUUAAAAAAGGUGUUAAGGGGAUGUCAGAACAGGAGAUAGAAGUUGUGCUUGACAAAAGCAUGGUCCUUUUCCGCUACCUGCAAGAGAAGGAUGUUUUUGAGCGCUAUUACAAGCAGCAUCUAGCCCGUCGGUUACUUCUCAACAAGAGUGGUUCUGAUGAUUCAGAAAAGAACAUGAUUUCUAAGCUAAAGACUGAGUGUGGCUGCCAGUUUACCUCAAAAUUGGAAGGAAUGUUUAAAGACAUGACUGUUUCUGCUGGAAUCAAUGAAGAAUUCAAAUCUUAUGUGCAGCGUGUUGGGGUAAAUCUAAGUGGCGUUGAUCUGACUGUGCGAGUCCUGACAACAGGCUACUGGCCCACGCAGUCUGCAACACCCAUAAACAUCCCUUCUGACCCACGUAUAGCAUUUGAUGCUUUCCGCAGGUUUUAUCUAGAAAAGCAUAGUGGGCGUCAGCUAACUUUGCAGCCUCAUCUUGGUUCAGCUGAUUUGCAUGCAUCUUUUUAUGGGCAAAAGCGUGAUGACCAGGCAGAGAGUGGUGCCUCCAGCUCCUCAAAGCCAGCAGGUCCUCGUAAACACAUUCUGCAGGUGUCCACUUACCAGAUGUGCAUCCUCCUCCUUUUUAACAACCGAGAGAAGUGGACAUUUGAGGAGAUCAAAACAGAAACAGACAUGCCAGAAAGAGAGUUAAUACGAGCCCUUCAGUCACUUGCUGUGGGAAAAAUUGCUCAGCGUGUCUUGCACAAAGAGCCAAAAACAAAGGAGAUAGAGCCAGACCAUUUAUUCACUGUGAAUGACCAGUUUACCUCCAAGCUGAUAAGGGUCAAGAUACAAAUGGUGGCUUCCACAAAAGGAGAGGCAGAGCCAGAGCGAAAAGAGACGCGCAAUAAAGUGGACGAAGAUAGGAAACAUGAAAUUGAGGCAGCAAUAGUCCGCAUCAUGAAGGCCCGAAAGAAACUCCAGCAUAAUGUUCUUGUCACAGAGGUGACCGAGAUGUUGAAGCCCAGGUUCCUACCCAGUCCUGUGGUAAUCAAGAAACGCAUUGAGGGUUUGAUAGAGCGUGAAUACCUAGCACGCUCUCAAGAGGACAGGAAAAUCUACACUUACGUUGCUUGAAAAAUCAACACCUUUGACAACUGUGGAAAACAAAUUGUAAACUGGAGGGAAAAAAAGAGAAAAUAAUGCUGGUGGUCGUGGACUUGAGGAACUUGGAAAAAAUUUUGCUAUGCAAGGUGUGAUUGCAUAGUUGAUGCCAUCUUGCAUCGGUUAGUUAUGUAACUGAUUCUUCCUGAAGGUUUAGGACUGAGAGAGACUCUGUUUCAGUACUUUGUGUGGAUUGUUAGGAUAAGAGACUGAGUAUGGCAGUUUUGGGAGAGGGGUUGCAGGGACAGUAAUGAUAGUAAGGCAGGCUUUGCAAGCAGGUUGGGUGUCAUAGCAAGACAUGUGAAGAUAGGGGCAAGAGAGUAAACUGGCGUUGUCUGUCUCCAUUUAACUUGCCUGUCCUGUGAUCUGUCUGUGGCUGUGGUUUGUGUGCAUGUGUGCACGCAUGCGUGUGUGGUUGCAUGUGUGCGUGUAUACAUUCAUGUGUAUAUAUAUCUUUGUGCGCAUGUGUUUUUGCAUGUUUGACUUUGUGCAACCUAUCAGAAUGAUACAGACAGUGAAAGAUGCAGAACUUGGUAAAACACUUCAUGUCCAACGUCACCAGUAAGAACACCAAGCUGCUGAAAUAUGCAUCAUUAUAUGUUUUUAGUUUUGAUGUGUUAGGGGGGAUUUCCUGCAUAGCACUUUAUUGGGCAUGGACCAGAAACUUACAGGAUGUAUAAGAUGGCAUUGAUAAUCUUGUGGUGAUAGACAGUUAACCCUCUGUUAGCUGCGCCUUUUGUUUACAGUCAGAAAGCGACAACAUCUUUACUACAGCUUGCAAAUCAUACACCUGGUACUUCUUUUUUUUUUUUCUUGAAGAUAGAUGGCAAGUUAUUGAAUGAUUUCAUUAUUUGCAUGCACCCUGAAGCAUUGUUGGUUCAUCGUUAGAUAGUUUGCUCAUUGGCUUUUGGCAGAAGAACAGGUAGAGAUCUAAAGUAUCACCCAUGUAUUACAUGAGGCCAGUGUGGGGUUGUUUUUUUUUUAAUAAUAUAAAUUACUUGACUAGCAAUAUUGUAUAAUCAUCUCCUCCCUGGUCGGUCAUAAAAGUCUUUUAUGUUCGUGAAGGCAGAUUUCCUUGUUUUGUUUCUGGAGCUUGGAAUGACAUGAUGAUCCUCAGUGUCAUCAGGAUCCUGGAGUGAAUAUGGUCAUACUCAGGUUAAUUCUUAGGCAUAUAAAAUUGCUCUGUGUAACAGCCAGGUGAGGGCUUAAAGAUUCUCAUGAUCUGUGUUACUUAUGUCCUAGCUUGUCAAAGUGUUUCUGUUCCGUACAUCAGUUGUGGCUCUCAUGCAGCAUGCUGGGAGUGCUUGAUGUACCAACCACUAAUUUAUAUUCCUUAUUUUACCCUGGAAACCGGAUGCUGCUUUUUCCUCCCGAAGUCUGAAAGUAGUUUAGUGCUAAAAUUUAAAAGGUGGCCAAUAUCCUUGAAUUCACUUUGUUAGAUUUGUGCUUGAGAAUCAGAAUGUUGGUGUUGCCUUAAUUGGUAUGCUGGCAAAGCUGUUCACGUCUAGUAGUGUGGAAAGAGUGUGGUGUGCUGUUGCUGGGUGAAUGUGAUCUUUCCUUACAUGUCCAUACAGACACAACACAUUUUCCAGAAGAGGAAAAACAACAGUCUCAAGCUCUGCAUGGUGAUUGGUUGAUUACAUUUUUUUUCCAAGCAUUGUAGUGUUUACAGAUUACUCUGCAACGUUAAAGGCAGCUUGGCUGUGUAACUUGGGGGAUGUUCACCAGAUGGUCCCUAAAGUAGUUACAGCAACUGAGUUUCUUGUCCAGGAAGUUGUGAAAAAAAUGAGUGGUGCACACAUGAUGUAAAGUGAAAGAACCAGGAGAAAGCACUGUGAAGCAAUCAUUGGCACACGGCACCCGGUUUUUGUUUGGUUUCAAUUUUCUUUCAUACACCAAAUGCCAUGGAUGCAAAUGCGAUUCUUGCUUUUCAGCUUGUUUCCUUCCAACAAAAAUAAUGCACCUUUUGAACUCUGGGUACACUUUUGCUUUCGUUGACUUGAAGAAAACUUGAGUCCAAAGGUGAUGUGCAUCAUUGCUUCUAGUGUGGUUGCACUUGCACUUGCAGUCCAGCUUGAUUUCAGCACUGUCAACUUUUCUCUAAAUCAAGAGUAUUGCAUAAGUAUUUUGCAUCCAAUUGUGUCCAGAUGGGCAUUUCAUAGAAGCGUGUUAUUACUGAAGCUGUUUUUUUGUUGGGUUUUUUUUUUGCGCAAGCUGCUAGAUUUUUUUUAGUCCUAACGAGCUAUGGGCAUAUAUACUAAGGAAACAAUGUACUUUAAUUUUAUCUGAUUACCUCUUUCACAAACAAAUGUUUUAAUAAAUCUGUUUGCUACAUUUUUAAUCAUCUUUGGAAAAGGAGAAAAAAAAUGCAAGCAUCUUGUCAGAGAAAGGUUUAGACAUUAUUUGGAGGGGAAAAAAGGGUCAAGAUUGACUGCUGAAUGCUGAGCUCACUCGUCUAUAAAAUAGCGUUAUAGUGUGAAAACUGUUUAUACAUCUUCGCCUUUGUUUUUUACCAUGGUGUGUUAUAGCUUUAGAUGCUUAUGAAUGCAUUUCUGCUUAGAGAAAGUCUUAUGACCCCACUAUAUUGUUGAUGAAUGAUGCCACCAUAGAAAACAAGCUUCCACUUUUGCUUUUUUUUUUUUCGCUUGCACUUUAAUUAUAUUUUCUCUCUAUUUUGAAACUAAAAACAAAAUAUGGGGAUUGAAGAACACCCAAAAGAGACUGAGAAGGGAUGGUAAAGAUGCAAGUUUUAAAGAUGGAAAAUAGGCAUUAACACAUCACAUGAAGUAGCUAACAGAUUACAGCUUUAUUAUUAUUUGAAAAAUGUGACAUUACCAGCAAAAAGGAUAUUUGGGAAAGUGUGAGCUUAUGUUGAGACUGCAAAGGCUAGCGUUGGGCUACCACAGAAAUCACGACCAUUUUUUCUUUUAUUCUGCCUGGUGGAAAUACUUCCAGGGGUGUGCCAGAACUGAACUAACUUGUUGCUGUUGCCCCAUAGAAAUGUGCCAUAAUUGUUUCUAUAGUCAGUCGUUUAAGUGAGAAAGGGAUAUUUCCUAACCGGCUUUGCACCUAAAAAUGUUCUUUAGGAAAACUAUUUCCCAACCUCUUCGGUUCGUUUUCUUUCUUUGUUUUAGGGAAAUUGUUACUGUUAUAUUUCUUAAGCCUGAAUCACAAAAGCGUUGUGUCGAUGAGGACGAACAGCACCAGAAAUUGUUUUGAGCUAACGCAUAAAGACGCCCCGUGUUGCUAACGAAAAACGAAAGAAUCACAAUGGUGCUUUCUUUGCGCAAAAUUUCCUGACGAUGGGACAACAUUCCUAUCUUUUGCAAAAGUCUGUCGGGAAUCUGCUAAAUCCGGAAUUGGUGUAAGUGUUGGUCAGGUUAGAACUGCGGAAAAUGCCUUGCAGUCGGGGAACAGAACCUUGUCUUUCAUUGGAGACUGUGGUAAGACUGCCCCGGCUGGCCUGGCACACGUUGGUCAGAUUUACCGCGAUCUCGAAGCAGCCUCGUGGCUGAUGUAGACGAGGAUUUGACUUUAAUUCCGAUGUUGUGCUCACUAGGUUGUCAUCUGCACGGAGGCUGCAGAUGUCAACCCAGUUGUCAGGGGAUGGAGGAGUGAGGGGAGAUAAUCUUAUCAAGCCAGGCAGUGGACGGUUUCCCCACUUGACAUAGUGGCGGCUUAAAGUUAAUCGUCGAUCCAAACAGGAUCUCUGAGAGGUCGCCUGGGUACGGAUACCCCAUCCCCCAACACACACAUCCCCAUGAGCAUACAUAGACGGGUGCUGCAUAGCAACACGCCUCGAUGUUCCCUACGACGAAGGCUGCGAGCUUGGGGAUAUGUGGGCUUCUAAUACCUAUUGGUGUCUUUCAAUGAUUCCUUCCUCAUCACUUCACCUGGGAUCUGUUCCGGUAUCUGCCCAGAGUUCUGAUUUCUGUGUCACCUCUGACCCAGCUCUUUCCCAGACGUCUCGGGUGUUGGGGAGGUCGAGGUAGUCUGUUGUCACUGCACCACAGCUUUUGUUCCGUCCAGGACAAGUUUCAGUGGGAUCAUUUUUACCCUUAAAAUCGGACGACCAUAGGAGCGGCUAAUCGAUCUUAUCCCUUUAGAUAUUGCUACGCUAGACGGUGAAGGGUUUGGGUUGGAGUUCGGGUGGAGGGGAGUGCAAGCAAACGUGUUCCAUUUUUAGAAUAGCGCUUUUGUGUAAACUUCGGCAGGAGUGCAGUGAGAUGCCGACCCUAAACUGUGAUGAUCAGAACAGAAAAAAGUAGAUAAUAUUGGUGACACAAGAGACGCCAACAACUUUUUAUCGCAGUGAUCCAACUGUCUGCAAUAGUAAGAUCCAUCUCGUGAUGCAUGAAGUCUUGUGGACCCUACAGCCGUGUCAUUACAGCAUGAUCAAACAAUCAUAAAUCAUAAUAGAAAUGAUGGUGACGCUCCUAAACAUCUAUUUUUUGUUGUGUUGUUGCUGCUGCACGUAGCGUGGCAUUUCAUCUUGUAAAAGUUUUCUCAGAUUAUAAACGAGAACUAUAGCGUUGCCUGUUCCUUGUGUCCCGACUGAGAAGAAGAGCAGCCCACCAUCAGGUUUAAUUUUCUUCAGGGAUGGGCGGUGGUGGUGAGGAAGACCGUUGCGGGCUAAGCUGAAUCUAAUGCCUUGUGUGUUUAUUUUAUUUUUUCCUGUGAUUUGUUUUUGUAUUAAAUUGAAUGUGCGCGCAAGUUGGGUGAAAUUUGAGUGUAGCUAGGAUGUUUGUGAAGAAGAAAAUGAGGUUGAACGAUGCCUUGUGAAUUUAAGAAAGUUCCAAGCAACAAUGUGUGACUAUGUUCAUUAAAAAAAAUUGAAAUAAAAGGAUGCAGUUAAUUAAAUACUUAGACGCAUUGUCAUGUGAUACACUUAACGUUGUAUCCCUUUUGAUUGGGUCCCUACAACUUUUUUUUUGGACGUGUGGUACUUUUUUUGUUUUUUUGUCUUAUUUGCCUGAGACAACGUGUCAUCUGAAAAAGUAAAACGUUUCACAAUGA